GGAGCCUCUCCGGGAUCUAGGUCCGUUAGAGAGAGACUGAUGGACGGCUCAGGUAGAUGAGAGGACAGGACAUGGAGACUCGGAGCUGUGGAGUCCGGAACACCUGGACCCUGACCCAGAUCACCUGGACCCGGAUCCCCUGGACCCGGAUUCUCUGGACCCUGCUGCUGGCCUCCGUGAGUCCGCCGGGCGGCACCGCCUCCUGGGUGUCUCUGGGUGUCUCCUUCCUGGGUUCUCCGGAGAGGCCCAGCUGCUCCGCCCCCCCGCUGAGCCCCCGGCAGCGGGACCUCUGCAGGAAGCAGCCGCUGGUCAUGCCCAGCGUUCAGGAAGGAGCCCGACUCGCCGUCUCAGAGUGCCAGAGCCAGUUUAGACACGAGCGCUGGAACUGCUCCGUCCGCAAAGAGCCCCCGGUGUUUGGGCGCGAGAUGACCAGCGGAUCCAAAGAGACGGCGUUCCUGCAGGCAGUUCUGGCAGCGGCUCUGGUCCACGCCGUGACCCGGGCCUGCAGUCAGGGCAACAUGACGGAGUGCGGCUGCGACGCGCGGCUGCGAGGAGGCGGAGCUCUGCAGGGGGACGUGUCUCUGCAGGGAGGCGGGUCUCCACAGGGGGGUGGGUCUCCGCAGGAGGGCUGGCACUGGGGUGGCUGCUCGGACCACAUCCAGUACGGGAUCUGGUUCAGCCGCAGGUUCAUCGACGGGACCGUGAGAAACACGACGAGCGUCAGAGGAGGAUUCACGCUGAGCAGCGCCUACAUCCACAACAGUGAGGCGGGGCGGCAGUCGAUCGUCCGCACGAUGUCGACUCACUGUCGCUGUCACGGCGUGUCGGGGUCCUGCGCCGUGAAGACGUGCUGGAAGACGGUGGCGCCGUUCGAGCGCGUCGGCGUUUACCUGAAGGAGCGGUACGAGCGCAGCGUCCAGGUGUCCGACCGGUCCAAGAAGAAAUCGAGGAGGAAGGAGCAGCGGCGCCCCCCGGUGGACGCUCAGCAGCUCGUCUUCAUCAACAAGUCCCCCAACUACUGCCUGGAGGACGUGCGGCGCGGCGUGGCAGGGACUCGAGGCCGGCGCUGCAACCGCACGUCCUCCGGCUCAGACAGCUGCGUCCUGCUGUGCUGCGGGCGAGGCUACAACACGCACCUGGUGAGACUCGUGCAGCGCUGUGAGUGCAAGUUCAUCUGGUGCUGCUACGUCCAAUGCCACCGCUGCGAGAGCAUGAACGACAUGCACACCUGCAAAUAGGACAGGGACACACCUGGACACUAGCUAAAGACAUGCACACCUGCAAAUAGGACAGGGACACACCUGGACACUAGCUAAAGACAUGCACACCUACAAAGGACAGGGACACACACAGAGAAACACCUGCAAAUAGGACAGGGACACACCUGCAAA